UGGCACUUCUCUCUUGUCGACUAAAAUUAGUUUCAUUCAAUUUCUUAAUAACGAAGAAAAAACAUACAAAACCGAGUAAAUGUACUUUGACUAAAUUACCCUUUGACAAUAAACACUUCUUUCCCUCGUUCCUUCCAACCCACAAAUCAAAGGACCCCACCUCAAAAAUAGGGGGGAAAAUUAUUUCAUAUAAAAAUCAACCUUCCAUUAUUUUCAAUUCUACCCUCACAUCCUCUUCAACAACACCAAGUAAACAACCAAAAACACACACAAUGGAAUUUUUCAAGAAAGCCAAAGUGGUUCGUCUCCGUAGCCAACACAACAAGUACUUGACGGCCUCCGAAGACGAGGAGGCCGUCAAGCAAACCCGUAGCGGCUCAUCAAAGAACGCGCGUUGGACGGUAGAGCCAAUCGAAGGAAAACCAAAUGUAAUACGUUUAAAAAAUUGUAAUAGUUGGAAAUACUUAACCGCAUCCGAGGAGCCAUUUCUCCUUGGAUGGACGGGUAAGCGUGUCCUACAAUCAUCCCCUAGGCUCCGACUCGACUCAACGGUCGAGUGGGAGCCUAUUAAGGAAGGUUCCGUUGUGAAGCUAAGAACUCGCAACGGAAACUUCCUUAGAGGUAACGGAGGGGUACCUCCAUGGAAUAAUUCCGUAACACAUGAUGUUCCUUCUAGAAGUGCUACUCAAGAUUGGAUUUUUUGGACUGUUGAUGUUGUUGAGGUUGACUAUAAAUCAAUGGAUGAGGUUGACUAUAAAUCAAUGGAUGAGGUUGAAGAUAAAAAGGGUGUAGUUGAAGAUUUAGUAGGGUGCAAUGUAGAGGAUCAUGGCUCUUUGUCAAGGAAUUCUUCUUAUGCUUCAACAAUAAUAAUGGAGGAAGUGGCUAAUGAUUUUCAUGAGGUUGGAUCUCCUGUGGCAAGUUCUACACCUAAGUCUGCUAGAUCUGUUCGUUCUAAUUCUGAGGUUUCUGCAACUCCAAGUCCAAGGGCAAGUCCCACAGCAUCAGAUACACAUACACCCACCCGAGUAUCGCCCCAUGUUCAAAACAUACGCGAUGAGUCCAAGCAUUCCGGUUCUUUCAACAAGCUCAAAUCCAUGUUAGAUGGCCUGCAAGACUUACUCGAUGGCACGGAAGAAGAAGAAGAAGACGAUACAAAAGUAGAUGCUGAUUCAGAGACUUCAGUAGAAUAUGCCUCUAAUCACCACCCUCACCAACUAGAAGUUAAGAUGGCAAAACAAACUCUGAAAGAGUUGAACAACAUGGAUUUUGAAACUGUGUUAUCUUCUGGGAGAGACAAGAAAAUGGACAAGUCCAUCAGUAUCCUUAUUGCUGAUGCAAAAGUCUCAUACCGCGACCAAACCAUCCUUAAGGACCUCACCAACCUCAGAAAUAAGCUCAAGUCCAUGAGAAAUGACCGCGAAUUAGCCUGCCAAGAAUUGAAUGAGUACACAACAUUCUGCACUAGGAGAUUAGAGGUCAAGGCCGAACUCAAGAAAGAUGCUGCUAAGGCUCACGAGUUGGAGACUAUAGAAGAUGGCUUUAGCAAAAUGCUCGCGACAGCAAGAGCCAAGAGGGAUAACAUACUGAAGCAACUCGAGGAAGUUGACAGUCGAAUCAAGGCUGCAGAAAAAACUCAGGCUGAUAACGCAGUUGACAUUGAAGAACUUAUUUCAAGAAUAGGGGAAAAUAGUCAAAGCCUUAGGGAGAUGGAAAAGAAUGAGAAAUCAUGGCAAGCGAAGAAAGUUGAAGCCGAAAAUAAAUUGGAGAGUGUAGAGGAAGAAUGGAAAAAAAUGAAGAGUUUACUCCAAGAUGUUUGAUUCUGCCUUUCAUUUGGUGCCAAAUUAUGUGAAAAAUUAAAUUUUGUCAAACCAUGUAUUAUAAAUUUUUGUACUAAGAUAAAAUAAUAGUCAGUAACAUACAUUUCCUACAUCAUUAAUUUGUCUAUUUUAUAAAAC